AUGUCAAAGGAGAAUAAAUGUUCCCGUUUCAAAAAAUCAAAAAAGCAGAUCGAAACACUUAAUGACUUUUAUCUAAGACAAUAGCAAUGGGGAUAAAAUACAAUCAAAGAAAUAGCUAACGCAACUAAUUUACCAAAGGAGAAGAUUUACAAAUGGUAUUGGGAUCAAAACAAGAAGAACAAAUAGGAGGUUCCAAAUGAUGAACUUGUAGGAGAGAUCUUUGUUAAGUAAGAUCGUAUGACUUCAACUACCCAUGAAAUAUUUUAUUGUAAUGGACUUUAAAUGAAUUAAGAAGUGAACGAAAAUUUAAAAAGUAAACUAAUCAAAUUAGCCAGAGAUCUGAUUUUAAUUAAAUGA